AUGUCUAGUUUGAGUUUGAUUGUGUAGUCUUUUUCUCUGUGUGUGUAGUGUAGUCAAGUUAAAUGGUGUAUGUCAUAUUUUUUUAUGUUUUUAAUAGAAGAUAAAAAUGGCGUUACUGCAAAGCCUUCAAAUUUGCGGCGUAAGGAGUUUCAGCCCUGAUACUGUCGAGACUAUUUACUUUAAUACUCCAGUGACGCUAUUCCUGGGUCAGAAUGGCAGCGGAAAAACCACGAUCAUAGAAAGCAUUAGAUUCGCCCUAACCAGUGAGUUGCCAGCUGGAUCGAGCAACGGCCAGGGUUUCGUUAAUGAUCCGAAAAUAUCUAAUAAAUCCUCCACAAAGGCCAGCGUAAAAAUAAAGUUUUUGGAUUGCCAAGGACACGAAAUAACAGUAUCGAGGUUCAUGUUGGUGUCUACGAAAGCUGGAGGAGGUUUGACGUUCAAAAAAUUGGCUGUGCACGUCCGCAAACGGGAUAAAGAUGAACCUGGUAAUCCAAAAGAUAUUUCUGGAAGGUGUAUAGAUAUUGAUAAUUACUGUUCUACAGCCUUGAAUGUUUCCAAGUCCAUAUUGAAUAAUGUCAUUUUUUGUCAUCAAGAAAAUUCCGCUUGGCCCUUAGAUGAACCCAAAAAGCUUAAGGAAAAGUUUGAUGAAAUAUUCGACGCCGUCAAAUACAAUAAGUGCGUUGAAACGUUUAGGAAGUACAUAAAAGAAAAACAGAACAAUGUAAAGGUUCUUAAAGAAAGACUUUCAACAAAAAAAUUGAUAAAAGACGAAGUUGAAAGGAAGAGAGGCAGAUACAAUGAAAAAAAUGAUAAGUUGACUGAAGUUAAUGAUAGGAUCAAAGAGAGAGAGACUAAGCUUAACCCUAUGGACGAUAGAAUGGAAGAAAUUUUAAAUUUGGAAGUUUCUAUCAGUACUUUACAGAGGAAAUUGACUGGAAAAGAAACGGAAAAGAAAGGAGUUAUUGAGCAGCAGGACACUAUAAAAGAACACAUCUCGUACGUAUUUGAGGGAUCUGAUGAAGAAUUAGCAAAUAAAAUGGUAUCUUUCCAAGAAGAACAAGAAGCCGAGAAAACUAGAAUAAUAGAGCUAGAAAAUCGUAGUAAAGAAAUAAAUGCUAAAAAUGACGAACUGAAAGAAAAUAUGCAGAAAAUACAAGUUAAAAUUGGGGAACUUAAAGAAGAACAAAAGCAACAUAAUCAGAGAAUUGCAGAAAAUAAGACGUUACUAGAAAAGACAGCAUCAAAACUAGAAAUAACCAUCUCCCCUGAUAGCAAAGAAGAUAAAUCGAUUAUAUCUGAUAUAAAACAAGCUUUGAAGGCGUCUGAAAAGGCGUUUGAAGAUUUGGUUAAACAAAUUGAUUUGGAAGAGAAGAAUUUACAAAAUGAAAUCGAUAACACGAGAGAAAAAUACGUUAAGACAAAACAGAUGAUUUCGUCAAAGAACGACUUAAUAGAGGAAUCUCAGAAAAAAAUCAAAGACAUCAAUUGCAAGUUAGAGGAGCUGGAUACUUCCGAUUCCCAACUGACGAUUAUAGCAGAUAACAUAAAAAAACUUCAAGUCACCCUAACAAACUUAAAAAAUUCUUUCAAUGAAAACGAAAAACUAAGCGAGAUCGAGGAAAUGAAAGAACUUAUCCAAGAAAAAGAAAAUUAUCUGCGCAAACUCGAAAGAGAAAACAGGAUUUUGCAGCAAAAUUACGCGACCGAGCAAAAGAUCGAUAGGGAAAAGUCGCUCGUUAUUGAGAAACAAGGGGAAGUUAACAGGAUUAAAACUAAACACCUACAAAAUUUGCAAGAGCUGUUCGGCGAAAACGUGCCUGAGAAAAACUUAAGGAAAUCCGUGACCGAGAUUCAAAAUAAGGCAGAUGCCAAAUACAAAACAAUUACCAACACCAUAAACGAGUUGCAGAAGAAAGUUACAACUCUCGAAACGAACAUUCGACAUCAAAAAGACAAACUGGAAAGCUCCCGUAAAGAAUUGGAUACCGACAAAAAAAAAGUGGAAGAUCUUUGCUUGGGAAGACCGUUUAACGAAGUCCUUACCGAAAACUACAAUAAAAAGGAGAAACUGCAGAAGGACAAAGGGCAGUACAGUUCCGCAAAAAUUAUGUACGAAGCCUUCAUUAACAAAUUCGAAAGAGAAUCGCCUUGCUGUCCCAUAUGCCAGACGGAUUUCUCUGAAAAAAAAUCCAUCGUCAAAGACAUCAUCCAAGACUUGAAGAAAAAAAUCGAGAGAAUCCCCCUACAACUAAUUCAAAUCGAGAAGGACCUGAAGACCACCGAGGAAAAUUACAACAAACUGCAACAACUGAAACCGGUGAACGACAACAUUGAAAUGUUAACAAACGCAAAAAUCCCGCUGAUGGAGGAAGAACUCAUUAACCUAAGAACAAAAUACGACACUUUUUCCGAACAGUUACGCUCGGAAAGGAACAAUUCCACGGCCCCGCAAAACACGAUCGAAGUUUGUAAAUCUAUGAUAACAGACGUGACCCUACUGGACCAAUACAUGUCGGACAUGGAAAAAUCCAACAACUUUUUGGCCGAAUUGGAAUCUACCAUCGUAAACGUACCAUCUAAUCGGUCGAGACAGGAAACGGAGGCAGAAAUCGACAGUGUCAAUGCCGAGCUUAAGAAUCACAGGAGCCAGUACGAUUCGAAUAAGACGAUGGUCGAUUCGCACCGAGACAGAUGUCAGAGGUUAAAUAAUAACAUACAGACUGAAACGCAGAGGCAGAUAGAGAUGCAAAAGUUAGUGCAACAGAAACCGCUCCUCGAGGUCCAAAAAGAAGAGUACACGGAGAAGCUAAUGGUGCUCAAGAUGGAAAUACAGGAACACGGUGACGUUUUAAAUAAUCUCAAAGGAGACUUAGCAAAAGUCACGGAAGAAAGACAAAACACGGUUAUGAACAACAGAAAAGUUAAGGAAGAAAAACAGAGCGAAAUAAUGGCCGUUAAGAACAUGAUCGCGGAAAUAAAUAAAUUACAAAAACAAAUCGACUUGUAUGUGAAGAAUAACAAUAACGCCAAACUAGAAGAGGCCAUCGCGGAAUUGGCGGAUCUGAAAACGAAGGAGAAGAAACUCGAAGAUACUAAAGUCGCCAUCACCGAAAUUAUAUCCACGAAAAAACAGAAUCUCGCCAAACAACAAAUUAACUUCAGGGCACUCAAAGAUAACGAGACCCUGCGCGAAAAACAAAAGUUAGAGAUGAGGCUGGAAACGGAGAUUGUCAACUUGAAGAAACAAAUAGGCGACUACAACAUUAAAUCUAUAUACGAGGAGAAACAAAGACUGCAACGGAAAAUAGAGAGCCACCAUAAGGAAAUCAGCACGUUAAAGGGCCAAGAAGAAGAGAUGAAGAAGCAGCUGUCGGAAAUGGAGAGCGAUUUGGAAAAGCCCGACAACAAAAACGCCUUCAAUAACUACAAAAAGCAAUAUUACGAAUUGAGAGUAAACGAAGUCGCCAUCAAGGAUUUAAGCAACUACGUCGGCGUUUUGGAACGAUCCGUGUUGCAGUUCCACAAGGAAAGGAUGGUUCAAAUCAAUAAAAUUAUCAGGGAACUUUGGAGGAACAUAUACAGGGGCAACGAUAUCGAUUACAUAGAGAUCAAGACAGACGAGUGUAUGACCGGCGGAGUGAACAGGAGACGCACUUAUAACUAUAAGGUCGUUCAAAUAAAGAAGGGUGUGGAACUGGAGAUGAGAGGCAGGUGCAGCGCGGGGCAGAAGGUUCUGGCGUGUUUAGUGAUUCGUAUGGCGCUGGCCGAAACGUUCAGCGCUCAUUGCGGAAUAUUGGCGUUGGACGAACCCACCACGAAUUUGGACAGGGAAAAUAUUCUCAGCUUGAGCGAUGCCUUGUCGCGGAUAAUAGCCACUAGGGAGAAAGAAAAAAAUUUUCAGCUUCUGAUUAUUACUCACGAUGAAGAAUUUUUAAACACUUUAACCAGGGUGCAGAGUCUCGACUGUUAUUGGAAAGUGAAGAGAAACGAGGAAGGAUUUUCUAAACUCCAGAAGGAGUUCUUGUAAUGUGAUUAUUUUUUUUGUAGGAUACUGCUUAUUAUUUUGUUAUUAUUGGCAAAAUGCCAAAUAUACGGUUUAAAUAUAUUUUAAAAUAGAA